GGCCUUCUGAAGGGGCACGGAGUUUCACCGUUUAACGGGUGUUACGGCCGUGUCUGGCUAGGGCGGCUCGCAGGACUCCCCGAGGAGGCUGUGCGUCUGGUAAGCAGUCAGGCUGCUGCAGCCUUGUGUAUUUGCAAGCACCAUGAGGUUUCGAAGUGGUUUUACCAUAUCUUUUGAUGCCUCCGAAGAAGAAAUGUACCAAGGCCAGAAAAGCAGAGCUGGUAUUCCUUGAGAGGCCGCGAGAGGGACCCGUCCAUUGCUAUGAAGCUCCGAUACAUUCGGCUGAGAAUCCAAGACGUGUUCCUACAAAACCUGUAGACCAGAACACCUCUGCUGCCUGGGUGUGUCCACAAUUUGGAACAACUACAUCAGUGGCAUUGAAAGCAUGCCAGAAGAAGCAUCGUGGUCCUCACAAACCCCAGAAUUACGAUGCCAACUACAGUUCACUUCAUAUAGGAGGAGCUUGUCGAAGAGCUACAGCCUGCAAAUUUCCUCCUUUAACUUUUGAGAGGACAGAAGAAGGUGCAGCCCACCCCUCAGAUCAUCCAAAUCACUUGAGGAAGCACACACAACACUUGCACAGGCAGCCCAAAGAAGGGACAGCAGCAAAAGCCAACAUCCAGGUGAACAGUCUGGUGAACUGUAGAGAAAUACCCUUGUUACCUGCUCCCCACCCUGUGGAGCCAGAAGUCUGUAGUUCACCAGAUGUAGAGACUGCACAGGUGCCUUCCAUAAGUAACUGGAGAUGCAGCAGCACUCUGCCACAAAGUAGUAGCCAUGCCUGGCAACCAGAAAAAGAGCUGGCAUUUGGUAUUGACUCCUGUGAGGGGGGUGAGUUGGAGUCAGCAGCAGUACUGGUUACAGAUACUCCUGAGCAUGAGUAUGGAGUAAAGGUUACAUGGAGGCAGCGGCCUCUUAUAAUGAAGUAUCUGCAGGACAGCGGGAAGCUGAGCGCUGCUGACGUACUGGUGAAGACGAACCUCGAGCUCUCAAGGAGACAGACCAACGUCUGACUUGGCAGGAGCAGUAAACCUGUGCAAAACCA